AUGCCUACCUCGUCAAGGAAAACGGUUUCUUUUUUCUGUCAAGUGAACUUUUUCAAGUCCCCUGUUGAACUUUUGAUGAUGGAACUUGGCUCUUUAAGUCUUCCUCAGAUCAAAAAAAUCUCUCGAAACGGCGCAGGACCUUGUUUUUUGUAUUUCACGGACUUCCGGGAAGCAUAACUUGAUAAAAAUCUAUUGAGAGACAUAAUUUCCUUUUAAUGGAAUUAGAAAGUCCUAAACUUCUUUCUAGUCAAGUUCAAGCCAAGCCAACUCCUCGUACUUUUGAGCCAAGUUCAACAGAAGGCUAAAAAAGUUUCCUUGCCAGUAUGAUUAUUCUAUUACCUUUUUGUCAGAGAACAACCGAAGAAAGCGAUGAAUCCGUUCCUCCAGUCGUUCGGAUGACGAGCGUCACCGACUUGGCCUUUGUAAAUUUAUAUAUUUUUUAUUUCAAACAACGAAAAAAAUCUGAUUGUAUAGUCUGUGUGCCAGGAAUUUCAAGGAACGACAUUCCGCUGUUUCGCUGCGCGCUUUUGCGAACGUCGGUCGCGCUUUGAAUUUUUUCUUCCCUUUCAGUACUACCUCGUUAUCCCAAGAGAACAGUAGGUGCACCACCGGAGAUAACUAAUUGAAACCGCGACCGAGAUUCGCAAAGACGAAGAAGCUUCGCGACCGCACGCAGCGGAACAGCGGAGCGUCGUUUAGUGAAAUUUCCAAACAGACUAUACUUCACUUGCAACUACUUGUCUACGAUCUCUUGAUAUCUCUCCGGAAGAAAACAAAGCUUUUUUCUCCGUAAAGUUUCGUGUGCAUGCACUGCGUCGCUCCCGCGCAGAAAAAAAAGGGAUUUAUGUAGUGAGAAUUCGAUUUUUUUUUAAAUUUCAAAGACCUCUGGCAAUGCGGGGCCUUUAAUACGUUCUUAGAGCCAAAUCGAUGCCCUCCCAUGACGUCACUUUUUUUACUCCGCCCAUCGUAUUUUUUGUUUCGCAUUGCCUUCCACUAAAAAGUGUGAGAGCUCGGCUGAGGAACCAGGAGAGCGCAGACAGGGCAGACGUUUCUAGAGCACACCUUCUAAGUUCUAAACAGAAAUACUGUGGAAAAACAAGAUUUCUAGACGUCUGGAUAGUGCUUUUUUCUCAAGCUAACGGUGAAUGAACUUUCUGACCGUCUGCGCUUUCUUUUUCUCGUCUGAAAGGAAAAUAGAGCUUAUAUAAAGCCACUGAGAUCAGGAGAGCGCAGGAAGGUCAGACACUCUGAAGACGUGAUGCGUUUUGAAACAGUCGCACUUGAAAUGGCUCGAAGCGUCGCGGUCGCGCUGUGGUGGGAAUCAAAACUUCAGCCGCGUUUCUCUUUUUUCCAGAGCCCUUCUAUGAGUAUAGUUAACACAGCGCGAAAGUCGUUUUGAGUGGGUUAAGAACGGUUCUUGUCGAGUCAUUCCACUUGCGACUACAUCGUGACAAAAAAAGAAAAAAAAAAAAAAAUUUGAUGAAAAAAACUGACCGAAUUUUAUUUGAAGGAAAAAAUGGGAGUACUGGAAUGGGAGACGCGUUGGGAGAGUAUUCUGAGCGCCCUGGCGUUUGUCAUGUCCACCGGCAACAUUUGGUUCUUUCCCGUCAUUUGUGCUCUUUAUGGAGGUUUUUUCGGUUCGACGAGAAGAGCGAGUUUUUUCGAGAGGUACGGUAUGUGAAAGUACGCAUUCUGCUGUAGUUGUAAUCCAUUUCGAUUGAAUUUACGAUGAGAAUGGAAAAAAAACGCGCACCACUCAGAAACUGCAAACACCCAAAGUGCAUACGCAGAUUGCGGACUUUCACAUACCGUACCCAUCGAAAAUGGAAAAUUCGUUCUUAGCGUAACACCGGUUUUUCUUUCCAGGCCAUUUUACUCUGCAAUUGAAAAAAAAUUGUGAAAACUGUUUUGUAAUACUCUUUGAUGUACUGGGCGGAAGUCUGAGAUUUAAAAAUCCAGAUUUUUGGAAAAUAUGGGCUUUUGUUGAUUUCGUUGACCUUCCUCGGAGACUAGAGAAAAUUCUGCGUUUUUUUGUAUAUCAGCACGAUUCAUGGCUAGCUUGGGACACAAAGGGGCGUGGCCUGUCUGGGCACUGUCUUUUUUUAUCGUGCUUGGACCCUUUUCCCAAUGGCGCAAGCCAUUCCUGAAUCGUCUAUGAUCUCAACCGCAAAGUAAAGGGCCUUGUUUUAAAACUUGGCUUUUCAACGCAUUUUCCCAUGUUUAAGGAUACUUCCCACUCCAAUACACGGCCUGUUUCGUACUCCUCGCGAUGCCUCUCCUUUACCUGGAAAUGGCCCUCGGGCAGUACGCCUCGGCCUCUCCGCUUUCCGUCUUCUCGAGAAUGGUUCCGGCCAUGGCUGGUUGGUGUGAUUUGAUACGAAAGAACAUUAAAGAGCUCAUUUGCUUUAAUGACUCAUCGUUCAAGCUCCGCCCCUAACGGUGGCAUAAACCAAUCAGAGAGAAAGCCGUCCACAGAGCGUUUUUGAAUGACGUCAUUUUACUUGACAUUCAUCAUCGUUGGACUUGAUACGGGACGCGAAUCGGAAGUGUGGCAUUCCUAGUGACCACUUUAGUAAAGUCAGCACUCUUGAGUGAUCCCUAGAGUUGCCAGGAAGUCCGGAGCGCGUUUUCGUUACCGAGCUUCGAGUCUGAAAAUACUAUUAUUCGGUGAACCGACGGAAAUGUAGCCAAGUCGCAGCUAGCUUUAGGGGCGUGGCUAGUCUGCGCUCUCCACCAAUCAUGCACUAUCUCUUUUUUAAUCGUGUCAGGACCCUUUUUUCAAAUGCUCAAAGCAGCUAGGAAUCAACUAUAUUUUUAAGAGGAAGCGUCUUAAAUGAAUUUUCAAUCGAUGUUUAUAAACGUUGAUCCUGAUUUUGGGAUCCAAAACGCCUUUGAAAAAGUUAUGAUCUUCUAAAGUCUAAAAGAACUUUUCAAAAAGUAGAACUUCUCCUCGAUGAAGUGUCAGUUUAAAAUAAUAAACCGGGAUAAUUUGGUUUUUUAGUAAAUAUUCUGGUCUUAAUCUGUACUUUGAGGCCUUUCUGCGGCCAUGACGUUCCUGUUGAUUUUCCGGUGCGUGUGCCUCAGCGUUUGGACCGUUUUCGAGUUUGUCCUAUCGCUCUACGCGAUCGAAGGUUGCUUUUUUUCUGAAAAUGCGAAAAUCCGAUAUUUCAGCAAGUUGGAAAGGAAUGCAAUGGAAGCACUGCUCGCUCAAAGAUCCCUACUGUUUCGAUUAUCAGUUGGUUUUUGUUUUGUCUUCUUCAAAAGAGUGUUUUAAAGGAGCAUACGCCGGCUGGAUCCCACCCCGGGGUGCGACCUACCCCCCCCUCAAACUGCGCCCCCCAAAAAAAGUGCGGCCUACCCCCGAAAAGUGCGGCCUAUCACAGUACAUUUUCAAACUUUUUUUUCGCGAUCCAGCCGAUGUAUGUAAAGGAGCAAAAAUAAGCUCUAAAAAUGCUCUUGGAGCUGACAAAAAGUUGAAAAGUCCUUUAGAAAUAUUUUAUCAGAGUCGGACAGAAAGUCUUUUGAAAAGUUAUAGUGCAGUCCGCACGUUUUCAGAAAAAAAUAAAUAAAUGAAAAUUACAGUAUAUGAAGUUUCUUUGUUGUACUCGCUUCAAAACCUAUACAUUUUUUGUACCUUCGAUAUAGCUGAUUCAUGGUCAGCUUGGGACGCUAAGGGGGCGUUUCCUGUCUGCGCUCUCCACGAGCCAGGCGCUAUCUUGUGCAUUAUCGUGUCAGGACCCUUUUUUCGAUGGCUCAAGUGAGCUGUGAAUCAACUAUAUGCACUUUUUAAAAAUCUAAUACAUCAUACUUGCUUAUUAUUGCUCAUAUUAGAGGAUUUUCGGCUAGUUCAAAUUUGGGCUGUUUAGUACCUUUCAGUAAAUUUUAUUUCGUUUCUCAACCAGGUUACAUUUUCAAGAUGUUAAAAACUGUCUUCAAUCUCAAAAUUCGUAGCUCUAAUUCUUUCCUUCUGUUAAUCAGAUACAUGGACGAAUGUCUGGGAGUGGCUCCGAAUUCGUCGGCAGUCUGCGACCAAGUCCAGCAGGCGGCCAUCAACACGCGCGGAAUGUACAUCAAAAGGCCGCCUUUCAUGAAUUUCGUCACGAAUCUGAUGGUCAAGGUUUGAUGAGUGUGCCAUAUUUUUUUUUAAUAAAAUGAGCCUUUUGUUCAAUAGAAUCGCCCGGAAUCUCUACAGAAAGUUGAAAAAUCAAAUCUUUCUAUGAAUUUUUCAAAACAUUUGUAAACUAUGCUGAAGCUUGAGAAGAAAAAUGGGCCUAAAAAUUGGCGUGGUGGGACAAAAUGCGGAGCAUAUCCAUGCGCCUUUAAUAACGGACUUUUUUGGCUGCCAAUUUCGUCAUUUAUCGGAAGAGAUGUUGGAAAUUUGGAGAGCUUGAUUUUUUUUUUUUGAAGUCUGAGCGCUCAUCACCUUGUUUUCACUUUUAAGGAGCAGUUUUUAGACUCAUAUUCGGAAUCAGGGUACAAAAACCCAUGUAAUGGCCAAUUUCCAGAGAUCCCUGGUAACCAAGGAUUGGCAACCGCCCGAGACAACGUUCAUCAUGUGCGCGAUUGUCGUUUGGUUGAUUGUGGCUUUUUUGGCGAUGGGCGGUUCCAAAGUAUCUUUCAGCAUAAUUUAUAAAGAAUCAUGAAUAAAUUUCCUAGAUCCUCGGCAAAUCCGGAUUGGUUGCAUUUGUGGUUCUCGCCUCGAGUUAUGUCUUGCUUUUCGUCACUUGUGAGUUUAGAUUCGAGCUUCUGAAUCGAGAAUCUUUCAAAUUCAAAAUGGAAUCGGCUGUAGAUGUUCAAUGCCCUAAAAGGCAGAUGAAAUGCGGAAUUACGUGUUCAGGACGUCUUUUUUUCUAAAAAUCAUUUUAGGUCCAUUUUUUGGGGAUCUCAAUAUUUUUUCCAAGAUUCGGUUUUGCUCUCAUAAACGCUUUUUUCACAUGUUUUUCUGGUGAUACUUGACUUUUUCAAGCCUUGACUCUGAGCGAUGCCAUGGACGGCUUUCUGGCCUUCUUCAGCUUCGCGAAGAUCAAAACAGCAGAUGAACUACACGACGUUUCGGCCUGGGCCGACGCCGCUGCGCACGCCUUGCGUUCUCUCAAGUUUGUAAUUUUUUGGAAGUAGCUGGUCGCAAUGAGAAUGGCUCGAAGCGAGAAGGUAGCGAAGCGACUUGAAAGUUACGUUAGGAUAAAAAAUUCAACUGGAUCCGCAGCGCGACCGCAACGCAUGAACCUUUUUUUUAUUUUUAUGAGAUUUGAAACUUUCUGGUCGCACGUAGAAUUUCCAGGGAGCACUUUAGCGGAAAAAGCACUCUUAAGUGAUCCCUAGAGUUUCUUGGAAACGUCCGGUUUGCAUUAGUGCAUCAGGAUUUUCGGAUGAUACUGGGCCAUUAAGAGGCCUCUUUAGUGCUGAAGAGAGAGACCUAGUUCAUUAGAGCAAACUUUCAUGAACUUUACAGCUAUUUUGGACACUUUUUCAGCGUCGCCUGUGGAGGAAUGCAGAAAAUGGCCUCGCUGAACAAGUUCAAGCAAAAGUUCCAUCGGGAUGUCCUUCUGAUAUCUCUUGUUUCUUACUUUCUUCACAUUUUAAUCGCCAUCACUUCGUACUGUGUCCUUGCCCAUCUUUCAUGUAAUUAGAAUUGAUCAAUUAGUUGAUUAGUAGCCUUUUCAGCGUAUUUCUACCUUUCCGGAAGUCUGAUCUACAAGGUUCACCUGCUCGCCAUGCCGCUCACAGUUCAAGGAGCCUUUCCUGAGGUUCAGUUUUGAGUUUUUGAUGUUUUCUGUGAUUCAUGAUAGUAAAAAUUUUUAGUGGCCACUAUAGAGGCUCACCAAGGACUACUUGGAGAGGACACUAAAGUGGCCACUGAACCCACCUCUAUAGUGACCAAUAUUUUCCGUUUUAGUGGCCACUUCAGUAGUUUUUCAUUCAGUAUUCCUUCCAGUAACUCUGAUAUUUUUAAAACAACCAGAUUUAACCAGUUAUGUUGAUCCGUUGACCCCUAAAGUGGCUACUGAAAAUUUUAGUGGUCUUGUAGUAGCACUUAGACCUCUAUAGUGGCCACUAAUUUUUAAGCCCUUGAGUGACCGUUAAUUUGACUACUAUAAUGGCCACUAAAAAUUUUUGCAGUAAUGCUCGUUAGCUGAAAUUUCAAUGGCUUUUUGAAGUUUGAAUUGAAAAAUUGACCGAAUUUCGAAGUUAUUUUUGAGUAUUUUCCGAAGUUUUGCCGAUUUUGUGGCUUCUUUAAAAACCAUUUUUCGCUCCGAGACCUUUAUCAAUCAAGCCCAUACUCCUUUAAACAGCCCAGCACGAACCAACACGUUUCUCAGAUUUUCACGACCUGGAACUUCGGAUGGAUCGCGAUUUUGCUUUUCUUCUCAGCUGGAUUUAUAGCGGGUGUUCAGGGAAUGGCGAGUUCCAACGACUCCCAAUGGAUGUUCGAUUCCAUUUCCAGGCGACCUACAUCUGGGUGGUGGCCUCGAUGAUCGUCGAACGGAUCAACGGCGGCUCCCGCAUGUACGGAAAGCCGUUGACGACCUGGAGCCGAAGGGCUUUGAUCAUCGCCGGCCUCGUCCUCGGAGGGCUUCUUUCCUCCCUGCCUUUCCUGACCACUGGUAGGUUUUGAUCGAUUGAAAUAUCAACCUUAACUCGUUUUCUCAUGACGGCCUAACAUUGAGAAAACGUUUGUCAGUUUUGAACCAUUUUAGGUGUCAAAAUGACAAAUUUAAAGCUUCUUUUUGCGUCAAGAAGCAGCUUCAUGAAGAGCUGUAAGACCUGUUGGUCCAAGAUUUUCAAGACCUUGAACUUCGAAAAGCGAAAGUUUAGAACGAGAACUACCAGCGUUUUGCACGUUUUAAAGUGUUUUCCUGUCACCCAAAGGGAUCUAGAUUUUUUUUGGAUUUCGAAUUGCGUUUCAGCUUCAAUACCUAGUCAAUGGCGGCUAUAAGUGAAUAUUUUGAGGCGGUGUUUAUAUGAUGAUCAUGAUGGAACAGUACGCCUCCUACGGUACGAUCCUCGUCGCUUUGCUCGAAGUCAUCACAAUAGCCCAUCUUUACGGCUUCCGACGCUUCUCUGUGUAAUUUUCUGUCUUUUCAAAAGACUUUUAUAAGCUUUUCACGAAAGCUUGUCACGUUUUUUAUACAGGAAAAUAUAUAUAUCCUUCUUUUUUUCUUUAUAUAGCCUUCUAGGGAAAAAAACCAUAUCGUUUGGUGCUGGAUUCGCUUCAAAAUCCGUGUUUUUUGAGUUUUUGAAGCGUCCCGACGCGAAUGCUCACAUGAAAGUUGGGAUUACUGUAGCUUUUUUUGAAGUUUCUUCGAAAACGUUACUGUCACAUAUACUAUACGAUCUGUUUAGAUUUUGGAUUUCUAAUAGUUAGCUCCGCCCUGCGGAUAAAUUACCAUUUCGUGUCGAUUAGUUAUGAUUCUUUAAUAGAGCUACGUUUUUUUUUUGAUCGAAUAUCUUCAAAAAAGUCGAAAAUGUAGCGCUAUUAAAGGAUCAUCGUCACGCGCAAAAGGUACUGUAGUUCCGGAACCGAGUUGAAGCUGAACAAUGGGGUAUUUUCAGUUUUUAAGCGUCUCGAAGCGAAAGCGCGCAAAAAAAUCUGGGUUUACUGUAGCUUAAAAAAGUGACCGUACACUGUAUAAUUCAUCUAGGUUUUUAAGUAGUGAUGUAGCCCCGGAGGCGGAGUUGAGCCGGAAUACACUUUAUUCCAAAAUAAGUGUUUUUCAGUUUUUUUGAAAGGUCUCGAAACGAAAGCCCAAAAAAAGCUGGGUUUACUGUAGCUUUAAAAAACGUGACCGUACACUAUAUAAUCAAUUAAGGUCUUUGAGUAGUAUUGUAGCCCCGGAGACGGAAUAGACUAUACUCCAAAAUGGAGUGAACCUUGAAAAAAAGGUUACAGAAACAUCCGAGCGAUGAUCGGCGGGUCUGGUCCUUUGAACAUUUUCUGGUGGGUCAAUUGGGUCAUCAUCACGCCGGUGUCCCUUUUCGUGAGUUGUAGUUUGAUCUAAGGAAAAUUUUGAGAUCAAAAACAUAUUUUUUGAGGCGUUGUUCGUUUGCGUUAUCAUGACCUUUGGCCACAAUGCGCCCGAUUUUCUGGGCUACCCCCUCGAAAUCGAGAUCUUCGGCUGGGUCGUCUUGUCGUUGGCCACGCUCUGGGUGAUCAUCUACUUUAUCCUGAAAGAUGUCGACCGACGCCGCAAUAAUGAGCCGUUUGGAGUGGGUUUUUCGUGUUUUUUUCGGGUAAAUUUGUAUUAUUUGUAUUAUUUUUUUAUUUUUUUGACGUUUGAAGUUGAACUUUAUGAUUAAUUUUUUUGUUUAAAGACACUGAUUUUUUUGUUGAAAUUGAUGAUUUUGAUCUUUCUUUGAACAAAAAUGUAAAAGUAGGACGAGAUCAAGAUGCUCUGAAAAAGUUUGAAAAAUUAUUCAUUUUUUUCAAAGAAAUUUUUGAGAAAAAAAGGUGAAGAAAAACUUGAAAAAUUACGUAAUUUUUUUGUGAAUUUUUUUGGCUUUUUUUCAAAUUUUAUUUUUGAUUUUUUUGACAAUUCUUGGCUUUUUUUCCUUCAAAAGAUUAUAUGUUUUUACAGUCAUUGACAUUUAAAUCACCCAAAAAAAGGCUUUUUUCCUUGAGAUUCUCAUUAAAUUUGUCCAUUCAGAGCAAUAAAUCUCUGACCGACAGAUGUUUUUUCGUAAUUUGAACACGCCUAAAAAUUUAUGGAGGGCAUUUGGUUUUUUUCCGUUUUCAACAAUAAUGAAAGGACAAUCGAAAACCUUCGAUUGUUUUCCUCAAAUUUAUUCUUAUCGAUAUUUUUUCAUUCUUUUUUUUCUUGCUCAGUUUUCAUGUUAAACAUGCAGUUUUUUUUAAAAUUUUUAUUCGAGUUUAUCGUUCAAUAGAAAAAUUUUGAACUUUUGGGUUCGAAAAUUUACUUUUUUUAUAUCCUCAAAACGUUAAAAAAAUUGCUCUGAAUUUUCACUUUUUUACGGUUUUUAAUGAAAAUAUGCAAAUUUUACCAUUCAUUAUUGGAUAAAAUGGUAGUUUAUCGAGCUUUUUCUAGACAAUGUUCCGAGCAACUGGCGAUUGGGGACCCGUUGACCCAAAAAGACGGCUCGAAGCUACAAGCCUCGAACGAGCUCUUCGUGUCCGCUAUUGA